GAGAGAGAGAGAGAGAGAGAGAGAGAGAGAGAGAGAAGAGAAAGGAGAAAAGAAAAGACAGUAGUUUUCCCUCAUGGCUGGACUGAGUCUCAUGGCAUCGAUCCUGAUUGGAAUCACGUGCGGAUAUACUCGGGCAGAACCUUGCGACUUGUUCCCUUUCCCUGUGCUCAAGGGCGCAGAACCUCGCCCCAGGGAAGCGCGGGACCAAAUCCUCCUAAGUCUCCUGCCGGAGGACGAGUACUGGACAACCGAACUGAAUGUCGCCGACAACGGCUCCGUGUGUCUAGUGGAGCUGCGGGACCGCCUGGCAUUCAGCGGAACAGAGGAGGAGCUCGUAGUGACGAAAGGCAAGAAUGGCAAGCAGAAUGAGAGCGCCCUCGAUCCGCCGCUUUUCCACAGGAACUCUUGGACGGACGUAUUGCUUGCUGUCGAACAGGAGGCCGGUACUGGGAAUUCCUCCACUGGGAAUCAGUCCGAUAGGAAUCUCGCGGGCUUCCUGACUUUGGUGCUGACACAGGGGGCGGAGCGGAAGGUCAUACGCGUCACGGACUGCCCGCUCAGGUCGAAUUCUUUUACUUUGAAGUGGACGACACAUUACAAUAUAUCGUUUACAGUCGACUGCCAAAGCAAAGUGUGCGCCGCCGGCCGCCGCAUCACGUCCUCCGCCAACGCCACCGCAUUCUACUACAGACAUACGUUUCCCUUGGACAUUGUGCGAGUGACGCUGACCGUCUUCGCCGCCGGGGAGGCCGGGGAGGGGUCCUUCGUAGAGUUCUGGCACGUGGACGAGAGCUUGCGAGCUAACACGUGGCACAAGAUAUCCUUCAGGAGGCUCCUGCGAGGCCUGGAGAUGAUAUUGCCUGGGAAACCUCCUAGGACCAUUCGAAAUACAACCGCCAUCUUCCCGGACUUCUGCAUUACUGAGGUCAGUGUGGACGGCGAAGGCGUCGUGACCUGGUGUGCCCCCGAUGGCCCUCAACCGUCGGCACAGCGCCCAUGUCAGUCUCAUGAUGGAGCCGUAAAGACAACUCCUAAUGCUCUUAUUGAUUACGUUCAUGGGUCCUGUUGCCAGACCAUCCAUCUACUGUCUUCUUGGACUGAGAUAUGGAGUAUGCUACCAAGGUAUGUAAAGCUCUCUGUGUCUUCAAAGUCCUCACCACAAGUGGUUGAGGAUCCAUUUCAGAAGAAAGUGGGCGAAAACGUUGCCUGGUAUGCUGAGCAAUCAGAGGUAACCGCUCGUCCUGCCACAAGGACGGAUGUUCCAAGUGGUUACCCGGAUGGCUUGCCUGAGGUUAAGCCUCGGGCGGUCACUCCAGUUUAUCCUGGGACCGCAAGUUGCCUUUUCUCGACUGCCAUCUUGGCACUCGCUGCUGCCAACGCACUCUGCCUCUGCGGACGACUUCGCUGGAAAAGGAAGUCCAGGGAUACUCAUGUCAGAAGUUACUUCUUCUGUUAUCGAAGAGGCAAUGGUUGCAGUGAGCAAUCGUCGCACUACAUGCACUAUUUCGAGCAGCCUCCACCUCCGUUGCCACUGUCGCCCCCUCCUCCACUCUCACAAACGCAUCCACCUCCGUUGCCACCGUCGCCCCCUCCUCCACUCUCACGAACGCAUCCACCUCCGUUGCCACUCUAGGAUGCGAAAGAGACCGCCGGUCAUGAAGAAUCCGCCAUGCAGUCUGGAGGUCGGAAAGGAUUAAGAUUUCAGCGGAAAAAAGACGCCCUUUCCUAUUCUGCAGUCAGUCCUCGUGAUUCUUUGGUGUAUUUUUCCUGAUUACAUUAAUGUUCUUUCUCCCAUUCUCAGACCGUUUGUUCGAUUCUUUGUCUUUCUGUCUUUGUUUCUGUGUAUGUGUGUGUUUGUGUGUAUUUGUGUGUGUGUGUUUGUGUGUAUUUGUGUG